AUGGUGCGUCUGAGCAUGGAUCUGAUUGCAAAAUCCAGCAGCCACUUCAAAAAGAGAAGGAGCCGCUCCCUCUCGCAGUACCUCAAGAGUCUCACACACCUCAACUUUUCCAACAAGAACAUUGAGGAUAUUGAUGAUCUGUCUAUGUGUAGGAACCUCACAGUUCUUUACCUGUACAACAAUCAGAUCACACACAUCAGCAACUUAAGCUUCGCCUCCAACCUCACCCAUCUGUACCUGCAGAACAACAACAUAUACUGUAUGGAGAACCUCUCCAGCCUGCAGAACCUCUCCAAGCUGUAUCUCGGCGGGAACAGCAUAACUGUGGUGGAGGGCUUAGAGCAGCUCAGGGGUCUUAAGGAGCUUCAUCUGGAGAAUCAGAGGUUGGCACCAGGGGAAAAGCUACUCCUCGAUCCCAGGACCCUCCUCUCCCUUGCUGAGUCUCUUUGUGUCCUGAAUAUUAAUAACACUAACACCGACGAGAUCAAGGAUCUGGCGGUCCUCAAAGAGCUCCAGCAUUUCUCUGCUGCCGAGAAUAAGCUGCAUGAUAUAGAGGAGUUAGAGGACGUGUUCAGCCAGUGGCCGCGGAUAAACCGAGUGGAUUUGAGCGGAAACCCGGUUUCUAACAAACCCAAGUACAGGGACCGCCUGAUCACUGUGUGCCGAAGACUAGAGGUUCUCGAUGGAAAGGAAAUUGGUGAGUUAUGCAGACAAUUCCUUAUUAACUGGAAAGCGUCGAAAGAGGCCAAGAACCGACUGAAAGAUGAGCGACUCGUGACCGGGAAGUUCAUCAGCUAUCCAUUAACAAGUAAAUCACUCAACCACAUAGUGGUUGUUGGGGCGCACGCGGCAAAGCUCUCUCUCCCGGAGCGCUGGGCUGCUGAGCAGUAUGGCUGA